AUGGCUUCAGGUGACGAUCCUCCUCGUAAAUUAUUUGCCUCAAAGUUUUGCCGGAAGAAGUUGAGUGUUACUCCCAAUAUAGCCAGGCAGCCUGAUAAAGGUGAGGGACCUUCAGUUCCAUCGAUUCUACCUACACCACCACCACCCAAGAGCCAGCAGCAGUUCCCCCCGAGUGAGCAGGGUCAGGGUCAAUUAGAUCCACCUGCUGUUGUACCACUACCCUUGCCUGGAUACUUCCCUCCUCCCUCGAUGAGUCCUCACUUUCCCUCUCUACAUCAGGCGCAUGCUGAUCCAUUCUAUCCAUAUUAUCCCCCACCAUCAUCACAGGUAGCAGGUCCAUCCACUAGUCCUCAUCCUCCCUACCCCUACCCAUAUUAUUACCCAUAUCCGAUGCAGCCAGAACACGGUGGAUCAUCUAGACCAGCAGAUGUUGGUGUUGGGGAUCAUGCAACUGCAGCAGAUAAGCGUCAAUAUAUUGAGCCUGAGGGCGAUAAAUAA